AUUGGCUGCACUAUUUAGCUAAUAAUUUACAGCCAAUAAUACAAUAAAAAUAAAUAAAACAAAGGCUUCUGAUUGGACAAAAUAAUUUAUCUCACUCCUCUCGCGCUUGCGCCUACAGCACAAUGAGUCACCAUCCGCCAGUUUCUUGUAUUCCUAAUACUGGCAAAAUGUCGAAAGCUAAAAAAGUGAUCGAAGAAGCGAAAGAAAUAAAUAAUCCUGAGAUAGACUUGGUAGAUAAAGGAAUUUCCAGUCUCGAUGAAAUACCAGGACUAUUCACAUUGUCCAAUAUAACAAGGCUUUCUCUAAGCCACAAUAAGAUCCAAGUAGUACCAGCCGCACUUGCGAAUCUUAUGAACUUGGAGAUAUUGAACUUUGCAAAUAAUCAUAUAGAGGAAUUGCCAGUCAGUUUGUCUUCGUUACCCAAACUCCGUAUUUUAAAUGUAUCACUCAACCGAUUGUAUGGACUGCCGAGAGGUUUCGGUGCAUUCCCUGUACUUGAGAUUCUGGAUUUAACAUACAAUAAUUUAAAUGAAAAAGCUCUACCUGGAAAUUUCUUUAUGAUGGAAAGUCUAAGGGCAUUGUAUUUAGGAGACAAUGAUUUUGAAUAUUUACCACCUGAAAUUGGCAAUUUGAAGAAUUUGCAAAUAUUAUCAAUGCGGGAAAAUGACUUGAUCGAGGUGCCGCGAGAACUGGGCCAGUUGUCUAGACUCCGUGAACUACAUCUGCAAGGCAACCGCCUUGUAGUCCUGCCUCCGGAGAUUGGUUCCCUAGAUUUAGUGGGCAACAAAUCUGUGCUGAGGUUGGAAGGUAACUUCUGGGUUCCUCCCAUCGAGGACCAGUUGAAGCUCGGACCAUCUCAUGUUGUUGACUAUCUGCGCUCCGAGACAUAUAGAGUUUUAUACAGCCGGCACAUGUCGGCGAAGCCCCCGCCGCCGCCGCAGACACUCGACAAGAGCAAGAAGGCCAGUCGGGCCAGGUCUUAGAACUUACGACCUCUGACAACAUACAAAAAUAUAUUUAUAUGCUUUGUAUGUUUGAGCAGUGGAAACCUACUGUAACUGCCUUAUGCUAAAGAUAUCUAAUAUUUUAAAUUAUUAAUUAUGUUUUAUUUAUGUGUAAAAUAUACUUUUUUACAUGAAAUUAAUAACAAUUUAAUUAAAAAAAAAACUUGUAUUUGAUGUGUUUGAGAUUUUAAUAUGGGAUCAUAAUUCCUCGAAAUAGCGAAGUGAACGCUUUAAAGGUAGAGUUAAACGGACAAUUUAUGCCUCCUCUCUCCCGCCACAUAUACUUUCCGUUCUCGUCCUUUCCUUGUACGAAGAGUAUAAUAGGAAAGAGAAAAGAAAGGAGGAGAAAUUAUUGCUGUUUUAUAUGUGCUUGUUAAUUGUGUAAUUUCAAUCUAAUAUGUUUGUGAAAAAUAUGUAACAAUCGGAAAAGUGUAAUUUUGUUACUUAUAUGAAUAAAUUUUUUACAGCCUUACAAACGCGAUAUAAAGUUAAACUUAGGAAUAAACUGAGUAUAAGCAAG